AUGUGAUGUUAACUGCUGCUGUGAUCCUGACUGCACUUCCAAAGAUUUCAGUCUUUUCUCAACAUGCUCAGUUCGAAGUGUCUCAAGUGACAGUCGUUUAUGCUUUCAGAAGAUAGCCAUAUAUGAAAUGAAUUUUACAGCACAUCCACCUGAAAGACUAUUUUACUUAGCUGAGCAAACAAAUCCAUCUCUUUUCUGCCUCUACAUUCUCAACUACAAAGUUGAAUUAUCCUUUAUUACUACUGAAUUCCCCAAUGAGAAAAAUUUUGAUAAUUUCUUGAAAAAGUCUGUUAAUUUUGCCAACACUAAAGAAUCAGACAUUUCUCACCCAACCAUAUUGAAUACUCCAACUGCUACCAAAUACAAGUACAGAGUUCCUGUGCAGACUUCUGAUUCAUUUCUGAAGCUUCCAUGUCCUUUACUCGCUUCUCAAUGCUCAGAUAACAAUCCUGUAGGGUUUCUGAUGAACGAGGUCUUUCGAUGUAACAGAAGAGUAACUCUGGAGCAGUGUGGCGAAGACAGAGCCCUCAGCAUGGGUCAGUACAUUCAGCCCAAGAUUUUGGCCGAACCUAAUUCAAGUAAAGAGAUUCCUAUCACUGUCCGGGCUGUAUUUCUGAAAUCUCUAAAUAAAACAGUGACUCAAAAUACCCAGAGUGAUGUUCUUUUGCAUCCCACUUUUGUCCACAUCAAUGGUCUGAAAGCCUGCACUAAUGUUGUUCUUAAGUUAAAGUACAGCAUCACAUACACAGAGGCAGGUGAAAUCACAAAGGCUGAUAUCCAUUUCCUUCUUGGGACAGUCAGCAGCUCAAUGCUUCCACUCCAACAGCAAUUUCAGGUUCAAUUUCUUCAGCAAAAUAUUAAGUCAUUCCCUCUCAGUGGAAAUCCAGGUUAUAUUCCAGGACUACCAUUAAUAGCUGGAUUUGAGAUAGAAUCUCAGGUUGUUCAGAGUACUAACAGAUAUGGACAAUUUACCAUUUUUCACAGCCCAGCUGAGCAGAACUGCUUAUUAGCAGAAGGACUUCGAAAACCAGUAGUUUUUGGUUAUAAUAUGGUGACUGGAUGCAAAAUAAGAUUGACUAAAACUACCAAUUGCCAACUAGUUGGGAGAAGACUGAAAAAAUUACUGAUGGGGGAAAGCUUCCCAGACUAUAUAUCUUCCUUUGGAAAUUCAGCAGCCCAGAAUUUGCAGGACUGGGUGCCUGUCCAUUUUUCCAUUUUUGCAGCAAAAGGACAGGAGCCAUGUUUGAUCCCACUGGUCUAUGAUAUAAGAGUGAAGUGGACUAAGUAUGGUUCCUUAAUGAAUCCACAAGCCAAAAUAGUCAAUGUUGCAGUGCAAAUGAUUUCAUCCGCAUUUUCCAAGACUGAGUUAGAACAUGGAAGGACAGCACAGGUUUCUACUGUGGUUAGUUUCAUUGAUGUGUCUGCACCAGCGGAAGCCGAUUACAAGGCUCAGCCCACCAUUGAUGCCAAGCUGCCCUCCAAUUUCUUCUUUCCAUUUGUGUGACGUAAGUAGUUACUAAAUUCAGGAAAUCCUGGUGCUGCUGUCAAGGAUUGUUAGCCCUGAGAAUUGUGACUGUUGGGUUGAUGAUUCCCCAUAACUCUGAGAGCCAUGCCAUUCCUCCAUGCCUUUCUGCCUUUGACUUCUCCUAGAACAUUCCUUACCUGAGAUUUCUCUUGUUGCCUCUCCCUGGGCUUUUCUUGAUUUUGGCAAAGGAGGAGGGCCAAGAAGCUCAUGGGAUUUCCAGUCCUUCAGGGGACCAGAGCUGUGCCUGCUCAUCUGAUGCAGUUCCUGUCUGUGUCUUCUCACAAAUCCUACCAAGAGGAGCUGCCCAACACGGUGUAGGAUAGAGAGCUGGAAGACAGAGAGUCAGGAAGACCCAGAUUCAAAUGCUGGUCUCUGACCCAUCCUGGCUGCAUGGCCAUGGUCCUGUCACUUCACCUCUCAGGAUCCCGAGACAGCAAGUGAGGGUUGAUUGGCAUCAAUUGAGGCAGUUUCUUCAUUUUGAGUUCCUACAGUGGUGAAAUCAGGUUUGGCUAAAACCCUGCAAAUAUUCCUUGAACACCAAUGCAGCAUUCAGGGAGGGAGACUUAGCUCUGCCUUGCCCAGACUACAUUUGAAGGCUUGUCUUCAGUUUGGGGUACUCACUUUUAGGAAGGAUGUUGACAAGCCAGUGCAUGAAUAUCUCAUUGAGGCUGGUCAAGACAUUGCAGGCCAGGGUGGGGUGGAGUGAGCUGGAAACCAUUUUUUUGCUGUUGUUCAGUCAUUUCAGUCGUGUCUGACUGUACGUGGCCCCAUCUGGGGUUUUCUUGGCAGAG